AUGCUCACCAUCCCUCUCAGAAAGUAUUCAAUGCCAACAUCUUCAAUCUCAAAUCACAAUCAAGCAACAUGAGAACGAAGAAUCAUUCUUCACCAUCUCUUGGGCUCGCUUUUGCAGUUGCAACAUUGAUUCUGACAGGAUGGUUCAAAGAGAUCAACGGCUCAUAUUUCAGGAUCAGCGAAGCCACCAUAGAUGACAUCCAGAAGGCUUUUGCAGAGAACAAGCUCACCUCAGCGCAGCUGGUAGACUUCUACAUGGAGAGAAUCAGCAGCUUAAAUCCCAUUCUUCGCAGCGUGCUGGAAGUGAACCCCGACGCUAGAGCUCAGGCGGAGGAAGCUGAUCGGGAGAGGGGGCAUCCUCUGCGUGCCUCCUCACGGGGACCACUCCAUGGGAUCCCGGUGCUGCUCAAGGACAGCAUCGCCACCAAAGACAAGCUCAACAACAGCGCAGGGUCGUUUGCAUUGCUGGGUUCGAAGGUUCCACGUGAUGCGUGCGUGGUGGCAAAACUCCGGCGAGCAGGCGCCGUCAUACUCGGCAAGGCUUCUCUCACUGAGUGGUACGGCACUCGCUCCGCCAUCGUGCCUCAAAAUUGGUGCGCCAGAGGCGGCUUUGCUCUGAAUCCUUACGUGCGAACAAAUGAGACAUGUGGAUCAAGUUAUGGAUCGGCAAUAUCAGUGGCUGCAAACAUGGUUGCUGUUUCUUUGGGCACUGAAACUGAUGGCUCCAUCAUCUGCCCGGCUGAUCGCAGCUCCGUCGUUGGCAUCAAACCCACUGUUGGUCUCACCAGCAGGGACGGUGUUGUCCCAGUUUCACCUCUUCAAGACUCUAUUGGGCCAAUAUGCAGAACAGUGUCAGAUGCAGUUCAUGUGCUUGACGUGAUUGUGGGGUAUGAUCCCAGAGAUGAAGCAACACAUUCUGCUGCAGAGUAUAUUCCUCAAGGUGGUUACAAGCAGUUCCUCAAGAAGGAAGGACUCAAAGGAAAGAGACUCGGAGUUGUGGGGAAUCCAUUUUCUUUACCCUAUAAUGGAUCCCUCGCCAUUUCUGUCUUUGAAAAUCAUCUCAGCAAGAUGAGGGAAAGGGGUGCUUUUGUGGUGGAUAAUUUAGAAAUAGCCAAUAUCAGCAUCAUUCAGGAUCCUUUUCAAAAUGGAGAAGUUGUAACCAUCUCAGCUGAAUUAAAAUUGUCCAUCAACAACUAUCUCAAGGAACUCAUUUCCUCCCCCGUGAGGUCACUAGCAGAUAUUAUUCAGUUCAACUUGGAUAACCCAGAUUUGGAAAAGACCAGAGAGUACGGGCAGGAUUUGUUUAUAUUAUCAGAGAAGACCAAUGGAAUUGGUGAGAAAGAAAUGGAGGCUAUGAAGAAGAUGGCUCAGUUAUCUGAAGAAGGGUUUGAGAAGAUAAUGAAGGAGAAUGAAUUGGAUGGGUUGGUGACGUUAGGAUCUGAUGCUGCUACAAUGCUAGCCAUUGGAGGGUAUCCAGCGAUCACAGUGCCAGGAGGGUACGACCAAUCUGGAAUGCCCUUUGGGAUAUGUUUUGGAGGCUUGAAAGGAUCUGAACCAAAACUCAUUGAGAUUGCUUUUGACUUUGAGCAAUCCACUAAGGCAAGGAAGAAGCCUCCUCCUCUUCACAAGAGUACCGUCUGAAAUUGCAUAUGUAGCUGCAAGUAUACGUUACCUACGGAGAGAUUAUUUACUCAUCCCGUGAGAAAUAAACAGAUGUAUUGUUGAGUUAUAAAAUAAAGAAUGUUGGAUG